CAGAUGCAAUGUAUGAAUAGCUUUGGGUCCACUCCUCCUGAGCCAUUCUCUCACUCGCUGAGUAUCCAGCAUCGCACUCCCACAGACUGGUGGAGAAGUAUCUGCACAUCGAUGAGCAGAAUGGAGACCUACCCGACAACCGUAGCCCUUGGCGACGAAUCCGCGCAAAUGUUUAGCCUCAACAAACGUCUUGAGGCUUACCUCUCCCGGGUCAAAGCCCUAGAAGAAGAGAAUGAACUCCUCCGAGCUGAGAUCCAACACCUCCAGAGCACCAGGGCCAAUAAGUCUACGGUACGGAAGUAUCACGACGAGAUCAUGAAGCUGAGGGACGCCUUAGAUGAUGGGCACCGGGAGAUGGUCCAGGUGGAAAUAGACAGAGACUCCAUCUAUCAGGAGUUAGAAUACGUGACGGAGCUGUGCCACCACGAGAAACAAGCCCAAGAGGACGCCAAGAAAGAAUUGUCUAAGAGCAAGAAACUUCUAGAAGAAGAGACCAGAGCCCAGACGUGGCUGAAGGAAAGACUCAUCCAACUGGAGCAAGAGAUGGAAGACAUCCUCAAGACUCACGAAGAAGACAAGGCCCUGAUAGAACAAGAGAUCUCCAGCUACUCCCAAAGACUGGAGAACUUUAAAAUGGUCCCCGCCAACUUCAAACCGGUCAACGUGGAAGACUACGCCAACCGGCUGGCACAAAUAUGGCAGGGAGCGGUGGAGGAGUACAAGGACCAAGCGUCAGCUCUGGAGGCUAAACUGGCCCAGGCCAAAGAGAACCUGAAGAAGGUGUUAGAUGAGAACAAACAGGGGCAACAGGAGCUCCAGAACCUAGAAGGAGACCUGCAAAGUCUUAAAGUCAGGAAGGAGAUGCUGGAGAAUCUUCUGACCGACCAGUGGAUGGAACAACAAGAGGAAGAAGGUCGACUACAGCUGGAAAUCGAAGCUUUGGAAAAGGAGAAACAAGACCUGAGGGUCCAGAUCGCCCAAGUGCUGGAGGACAGACAGCAGCUCAUGCACCUCAAGAUGUCGCUCAGCCUGGAGGUGGCCACGUACAGAUCCCUUUUGGAAGCUGAAAGUACACGACUAUAUUCCCCCAGUGCAGACUACAAAAUCUCUUCAUCCUUCAAUGAUUCAGUGCUGGAACAGAGCAGCUUCAGGAAAGGUCGACAUGAAAACAUUAAAGCGCUGGUUCCUAGUGACAACAGGUUAAAAGCCAACAAAAAGCAGAGUGCAGAGACCUCAAGUACGAAACGCUACCUGCAUGUGAAGAGUACCUCAUUUUCGAACAGGUCAAGUCCUGUAACCAAAGAGUUUCAGAAAGUAAGUUCUGUGCUUCAAUCUCAAGGUCUUAACUAUACCAAAGCAUCUUCUGCUAAAGCAUCUACACCACUGCCUCCAGCGGAAAGCAUCUUAGGAAGGCACCAUCAAAAUGGAGAUGUGGUCAAGAAAAAGAAAGUGCACUUCAUAUCGUAUUCUCAGGAUUCUUCCAAACCUGUCACUAAGGAGAUCACGAGGAAGGAGAACGAUAUUGAAUCUGUUUUAAACGGAAAUGUUUACCACACAAUCGAUACAGAGUUAAAGAAGACAGAUCGUCUCAAUGGUGCCAAUGGUGAAAAGGAAACUGAAAGCGUUCAGGUGGAGUCUACUUUGGAGACCGAAGAAAAACAUAUUCAAGUCAUCUCUGAUUUUGGGUUAGAGGAACAGCAUUUUGUUGGAGCUCUAAAGAAAGACAUUGAUACACUUGUCUUUGAGAAACCCCAUAAAGAAAAUACUGACUUAGAGGUUCUACUGGCUAAUGAUGACCAUACAAGUGAUGGAAAUAUUAAUGGAGAAAACAUCAUUGAAAAACAAGAGGUUAUUCAAACUGUGAGUAGCCAGAUAGUGUAUGCUGAAGGAGAGGAGUUGGUGGAACCACUGGAAUAUCACAAUAUGGAGUCAUCCAUUAAAGUGCACGAUGAGGAGUUUAGAACAGUUCUGGAUUAUAUAAAACCAAAUACACAAGAUAUAGAUAAACCAAAUGUGUUUGGCUCAGAUGGUGGACCUGAGCAAGGAACUGAAUAUUCCCUCAGCCAAGAGCUGGAUUUUGACACUCCAGUCUCAUAUAAUGCAGAUGUUGACAAUGCAAGUCAUGGCAAAGAGGAGGACACAAAUCAGGAGGUCGAUGGACAAAAGGAAAGCCGGGAAGUAAAUGAGAGUUUGAAGGUAAAUCGUACAGAAGAAACUCCCAAGGAUGUUGAAGCAGAAGUUAAUCUCCAAAAUAAAGUAAUUAUUAUUGAUCAGAAGAUACAGGUGCUAAGUUCUCUAAAGGUAGACAAUGACCAGUUGUUUGAUCAUGGACACAACCUUACAAAGGAUAUUUAUGAUGAACAGGAAAGUCAAAUGGAAGAGUAUCAUGAGAACACUGAAAAGGAUACAGAAGAAGUUCCUCAAAAUACAAAUAUUGAAAAGUAUAUUGAUAAUGAGCUUGACCACCAACCCUCCGGACAAGAUGAAGACAUUCUUGAUGGACCUCUUUCAUUGGAGUCUGAAGUCGAUCAGGGAAGGGAUGACAAACUAGAACACAUACAGUUUGAUCAGAAAAAACAAGAGAGAUUUCAGUUCUGUGAUGCAGCUGAGUCAAAGGGCCACCUUAUAAAUGAAGAAGACUUUGAGACACAGAGCAAAAAGGAAGAGGAGGAGGGUUUCGAGAAGGACUAUGGAUCUGAGGAAAAUAUAAAUAAUGCAGAACAGAAUAUCAAUGACAUUAUGGAUAGAGAACAGUCCAGGAUACAUGUUGUCAAAGAAGUUUAUCAGUCCACCAACCAGAUUCAGGAGGACUUUGAAGAAACACCACUUCAAUACCAAGAGGAAAACAAUUUUGAAUUAAGUGACGUAGAACAAAUCAAUCAGAGUUAUGAGGUACAGCAUAGAAGUGUCACUGUAAAAACUUCAGAGGAAACCCCUCAAGAGUACAGUGACACUAACUGGGAAGAAUCAGACGACCAGAAGAUCAAUGACAUCUUGGAUCAGCUGGAUAAUGUUCAAGAAGAAGUUAGUCGUGUAUCUGAAGAGAUUCUAGACAGUCCACUGUCUGACCUUAAGAGUGUGGAACAGAGUGAUGCAGAACAAGAGGGUCAUGACAUUUUUGGUGACUAUAGUGAAAACAAGCAAGUUGUCCAAACCACGGACAGUGAAGGUCACGGUUUGCUAGAAAACCUUCCAGACUUAAAACAGGAAGAAAUUCAUGAACUGGUGCAGAAGGAAAAUAUGAUUUCUAAUGACAAUGAGAAAAGUGCAGAGCCACAAAUUGUACUGUCAACACAAAGUGAACAAUAUGUGGGAUUUUCACUGAACAUCAUCCCAAACAACCUUCGAUUCACAAGUGAAAAUGAUGGAGAAGUUGAACAACAAGAGAAGAAAAUCAACGUUACUGAUGAAGAAGCAGAAACUCAUAAAGAUGAAAUUAUUUUGGAAGAAAAAGAAAGGGAGCUAGACAUUUUUGAAAAGGAAAUCAUUUGUCAACAGUCAACAAUUGUGUUAGAACAUGAGCGUGAAAACCUCCUGUUAGAAGAUAGAAAAUCGCAUGUGCUCCUUGCUGAGAAUCCCUAUGACUUUGAUGGACCCAUUGAGAAGAGCAUAACAGCGUUGGAUGACAUAGAAGCUGCUAAUAUUCCAGACAAUGAGAAUCUGAUAUCGGAGGAUUCUAUGGACUCUCAAGAUAUUUCAAUCUACUCUCAAAAAAGUGAUGAAUUUGAAAUUAGUAAAGAUUAUCAACUAGAGCAAACUCUUCCAGAUACGACCCCACUACCUAACCUUGAUGAAUUCGAGGACUUGGUAGAUGAAGAAAUAAUAACAGAGGAGUCAGUAGAGGUUAACAAAUCCCAAUGUCCUGCAAGAGAUGCUGAAGCCGAGGAAGUGUUAGACAGCAGUUUGGAGUCACAAUCAUCACAAAUAUUAACAGAAGUAAGUGAUCAGUCAAAUGUAACCAAAGACUCAGACUAUAGUGAGCAACAAGAUCAAAGUCCUAUAGAUGUGAUUCAGAGAGAACAUCAAGAACAUUUUGUAGACUAUAAACUAGAUUCUUCUGCCGAACAUUUUACUGAAGAACCUUCUUCUGAACUAGGGGAAGAUCCAGUAGAAAGCAAGACAGAGGACGAAAACGCCAAGUCUGAACAUUUUGUAGACGCUAAGCUGAAUACAGGGGAUAAUGAACAACCUGCAACUGAAUCAUCUGAAGAUCCAUCAGAACGCAAGACAGAUGAUGAAAACACGGAGUCUGCAUACUUUGUAGACCCUAAGCAGGAGAAAGAAGUGGUUACUAAAUCAAAAAGUCUUUUAGAUGGUGGUGAAGGUGAGGAGAUGUUAGACAGCAGUUCGGAGUCACAUUCUUUACUCCCAGAAGUUGGCGAGCAGGUAAAUUUAAUCCAAUAUGAUGGCAAAGACUUUGACUAUGAGCAAAAGGAUGAAAGUCCCAUAGAACUGGUUGAGAGUGAGCAUCCAGAAGAUUUUAUGGACCCUAAGCUUCACAAAGAGGAUUCUUCCACAACACUUUUUACUGAAGAGGUUAUCGAACCACAAAGCCCUACAGAUAGUGGUGAAGCUGAGGAUUUUGAAUACUCUAAGCUGGACACAAAAGAAACCUCUACAACAGCAGAUACUGAAGAGGUUACCACAUCACAAAGUCCUGCAGAGGGUGGUGAAGCUGAGGAGGUGUUAGACAGCAGUUUAGAGUCACAGUCAUCACAAAUACUCUUAGAAGAAGGACAUUUCGCAGACUCUAAAGUAGACACAGAAGAUUAUUCUGCUGCUUUGGUUACUGAAGAACCUGAUUCUGAAGAUUUGUCUACAGCUCUAGUUACUGAGGAACAGGUGUCUGAAACAUUUGAACAUCCAGUAGAAAGCAAGAUAGAUGAUGAAAAAACAAAGUCUGAAGAUGUUGUGGAUCCUAAGCUGGACACAGAAGAAUCAUCUACAACUGAAGAUAAUGAAGAAGUUACCAAAUCACAAAGACUUGCGGAGGAUGGUGAAGCUGAGGAGGUGUUAGACAGCAGUUUAGAGUCACAGUCAACAGAAAUACUCUUAAAAGAAAGUGAAACCCCUACAGUUUGUGUUGAAAGUGAGCAGCUAGAACAUGGUGAAGACCCUAAAGUAGACACAGAAAAUUCUUCUGCCGCUCUGGUUACUGAAGAACCUGCAUCUGAAACAUUUCAGAAUUUAGUAGAAAGCAAGAUAGUAGAUGAAAAGACUCAGUCUGAAGAUCUUGUGGAUCCUAAGCUGGACACAGAAGAAUCUUCUACAACUGAAGAUACUGAAGAGGCUACCAGAUCACAAAGUCUUGCGGAGGUUGGUGAAGCUGAGGAGGUGUUAGACAGCAGUUUAGGAGGUGAAACUCGUACAGAUCAAGUUGAAAGUGAGCAUCUAGAACAUGUUGUAGACCCUAAAGUACACACAGAAGAUUUUUCUGCCGCUCUGGUUACUGAAGAACCUGUGUCUGAAACAUUUGAACGUCCAAUAGAAAGCAACAUAGAUGAUGAAAAGAUACAGUCCAAAGAUCUUGUAGAUCCUAAGCUGGACACAGAAGAAUCUUUUGAAACAGAAGAUAAUGAAGAGGUUACCAAAUCACAAAGUCUUGCAGAGGAUGGAGAAGCUGAGGAGGUGUUAAACAGCAGUGUGGAGUCACAGUCAUCACAAAUACUCCUAGAAGGUGAAAUCUCUACAGAUCAAGGUGCAAAUGAGCAGCAAGAACCUUUUGUAGACUCUAAGGUAGACCCAGAGGCUUCUUCUACAGCUGUACUUACUAAAGAACCUGCAUCUGAAGAACCUACUACAGAUCAAGUUGAAAAGGAAUAUCCAGAACAUGUUGUAGACUCUAAAGUAGACACAGAAGGUUCUUUGGCAGCUUUGGUUACCAAAGGACCUGAUUCUAAGAAUUCUUCUGCAGCUCUGGUUACUGAAGAACCUGUGUCUGAAGAUUCUACUGGAUCUUUGGUUACCGAGGAACCUGUGUCUGAAACAUUUGAAGAUCUAGAAGAAAGCAAGAAAGAUGAUGAAAAGACUCCGUCUGAAGAUCUUGUGGAUCCUAAGCUGGACACAGAAGAAUCUUCUACAACUGCAGAUACUGAAGAGGCUACCACAUCACAAAAUCUUGCAGAGGGUGGUGAGGAGGUGUUAGACAGCAGUUUAGAAUCACACCCAUCAGAAAUACUCUUACAAGAAGGUGAAACUCCUGCAGAUCAAGUUGAAAGUGAGCAUCUAGAACAUGUUGUAGACCCUAAAGUAGACACUGAAGAUUUUUCUGCCGCUCUGGUUACUGAAGAACCUGUGUCUGAAACAUCUGAACGUCCAGUAGAAAGCAACAUAGAUGAUGAAAAGACUCAGUCCAAAGAUCUUGUAGAUCCUAAGCUGGACACAGAAGAAUCUUCUGAAACAGCAGAUAAUGAAGAGGUUACCAAAUCACAAAGUCUUGCAGAGGACGGAGAAGCUGAGGAGGUGUUAGACAGCAGUGUAGAGUCACAGUCAUCAGAAAUACUCCUAGAAGGUGAAAGCCCUACAGAUCGAGGGGAAAAUGAGCAGCGAAAAAAUUUUGUAGACUCUAAGGUAGACCCAGAAGCUUCUUCUACAGCUGUACUUACUAAAGAACCUGCAUCUGAAGAACCUACUACAGAUCAAGUUGAAAAGGAAUAUCCAGAACAUGUUGUAGACUCUAAAGUAGACACAGAAGAUUAUUUGGAUUCUGAGAAUUCUUCUGCAGCUCUAGUUACUGAAGAACCUGUGUCUGAAGAUUCUACUGGAUAUGUGGUUGCUGAGGAACCUGUGUCUGAAACAUUUGAAGGUCUAGUAGAAUGCAAAAUAGUUCAUGAAAAGACUCAGUCUGAAGAUAUUGUGAAUCCUAAGCUGGAUACAGAAGAAUCUUCUACAACUGCAGAUACUGAAGAGGUUACCAAAUCACAAAGUCUUGCGGAGGUUGGGGAAGCUGAGGUGUUAGACAGCAGUAUAGAGUCACAGUCAUCAGAAAUAUUCUUAGAAGAAGGUGAAACUCCUGCAGAUCAAGUUAAAAGUGAGCAUCAAGAACAUGUUGUAGACUCUAAAGUAGACACAGAAGCUUUUUCUGCCACUUUGGUUACUGAAGAACCUACUACAGAUCAAGUUGAAAGGGAAUAUCCAGAACAUGUUGUAGACUCUAAAGUAGACACAGAAGAUUCUUGUGCAGCUUUGGUUACUGAGGAACCUGUGUCUGAAACAUUUGAAGGUCUAGUAGAAAGCAAGAUAGAUGAUGAAAAGACCAAGUCUGAAGAUUUUGUGGAUGCUAAGCUGGACACAGAAGAAUCUUCUACAACUGAAGGUACUGAAGAGGCUGCCAAAUCACAAAGUCUUGCAGAGGGUGGUGAAGCUGAAGAGGUGUUAGACAGCAGUGUAGAGUCACAGUCCUCACAAAUACUCUUAGGAGAAGGUGAAACUCCUGCAGAUCAAGUUGAAAGUGAGCAGCAAGAUUAUUUUGAAGAGCCUAAAGUAGACAAAGAAGAUUCUUCUAAAGAUCAAGUUGAAAGUGAGCAGCUAGAACAUGUUGUAGACCCUAAAGUAUACACAGAAGAUUCCUCUGCAGCUUUGGUUACUGAGGAACCUGUGUCUGAAACAUUUGAGAAUAUAGUAGAAAGCAAAAUAGUCCAUGAAAAAACACAGUCUGAAGAUCUUGUGGAUCCUAAGCUGGACACAGAAGAAUCUUCUACAACAGCAGAUACUGAGGAGGCUACCAAAUCACGAUGUAUUGCGAAAGGUGGUGAAGCUGAGAAGGAGAUAGACAACAGUUUAGAGUCACAGUCAUCACAAAUACUAUUCGAAGAAGGUGAAACCCCUACAGAUCAAGUUGAAAAUGAGCAGCGAGAACAUUUUGUAGACCCUAAGCUGGACACAGAAGAUUCUUCUACAGCUGUACUUAUUGAAGAACCUGUAUCUGAAAAACCUUCUACAGAUCGAGUUGAAAGUGAAUAUCCAGAACAUGUUGUAGACUCUAAUGUAGACACAGAAGGUUCUUUGGCAGCUUUGGUUACCAAAGGACCUGAUUCUAAGAAUUCUUCUGCAGCUUUGGUUACUGAGGAACCUGCGUCUGAAACAUUUGAAGGUCACGUAGAAAGCAAGAUUGUUGAUGAAAAGACUCAGUCUGAAGAUCUUGUGGAUCCUAAGCUGGACACAGAAGAAUCUUCAACUGAAGAUACUGAAGAGGUUACCAAAUCACAAAGUCUUGUGGAGGGUGGUGAAGCUGAAGAGGUGUUAGACAGGAGUGUAGAGUCACAGUCAUCACAAAUACUAUUAGAAGAAGGUGAAACUCCUGCAGAUCAAGUGGACAGUGAGCAUCUAGAACAUGUUGUAGACUUUAAAGUAGACACUAAAGCUUCUUGUGCAGCUUUAGUUACUGAGGAACCUGUGUCUGAAACAUUUGAAGAUCAAGAAGAAAGCAAGAAGGAUGAUGAAAAGACAAAGUCUGAAGAUCUUGUGGAUCCUAAGCUGGACACAGAAGAAUCUUCUACAACAGCAGAUACUGAAGAGAUUACCAAAUCACACAGUCUUGCAGAGGGUGGAGAAGCUGAGGAGGUGUUAGACAGCAGUUUAGAGUCAAAGUCAUCACAAAUACUUUUCGAAGAAGGUGAAACUCCUGCAGAUCAAGUUAAAAGUGAGCAGCUAGAACAUGUUGUAGACCCAAAAGUAGACACAGAAGAUUCUUCUACAGCUUUGGUUACUAAAGAAUCUGUGUCUGAAACAUUUGCAGAUAUAGUGCAAACCAAGAUAGUCCAUGAAAAAACAAAGUCUGAAGAUCUUGUGGAUCCUGAGCUGGACAAAGAAGAAUCUUAUACAACAGCAGAUAUUGACAAGGUUACCAAAUCACAAAGUCCUGUGGAGGAUGGUGAAGCUGAGGAGGUGUUAGACAGCAGUUUAGAGUCACAGUCAUCACAAAUACUCUUAGAAGAAGGUGAGACACCUGCAGAUCAAGUUGAAAGUGAGCAGCUAGAACAUGUUGUAGACCCUAAAGUAGACACAGAAGAUUGUUCUACAGCUUUGGUUACUAAAGAAUCUGUGUCUGAAACAUUUGAAGAUCAAGCAGAAAGACAGAUAGAUCAUGAAAAGACUCAGUCUGAAGAUCUUGUAGAUCCUAAGCUGGACAUAGAAGAAUCUUCUACAACAGCAGACACUGAAGAAGUUACCAAAUCACAAAGUCUUGCGGAAGGUGGUGAAGCUGAGAAGGAGAUAGACAACAGUUUAGAGUCACAGUCAUCACAAAUACUAUUAGAAGAAGAUGAAACUCCUACAGAUCGAGUUGAAAGUGAGCAUCUAGAACAUGUUGUAGACUCAGAAGCUUCUUGUGCCGCUUUGGUUACCGAAGAACCUGUGUCUGAAGAUUCUACUGGAUCUUUGGUUACCGAAGAACCUGUGUCUGAAGAUUCUACUGGAUCUUUGGUUACCGAAGAACCUGUGUCUGAAGAUUCUACUGGAUCUUUGGUUACCGAAGAACCUGUGUCUGAAGAUUCUACUGGAUCUUUGGUUACCGAAGAACCUGUGUCUGAAGAUUCUACUGGAUCUUUGGUUACUGAAGAACCUGUGUCUGAAACAUUUGAAGAUCAUGGAAAAAGCAAGAAUGAUGAUGAAAAGACAAAGUCUGAAGAUUUUGUAGAUCCUAAGCUGGAAACAGAAGAAUCUUCUACAACAGCAGAUACUGAAGAGGUAACAAAAACACAAAGUCCUGCGGAGGGCGGAGAAGCUGAGGAGGUGUUAGACAGCAGUAUAGAGUCACAGUCAUCACAAAUACUCUUAGAAGAAGCUGAAACAGAUCGAACUGAAAGUGAGCAUUUAGAACAUUUUGAAGAGCCUAAAGUAGACACAGAAGAUUCUUCUACAGCUCUAGUUGCCGAAGAAACUGCAUUUGAAACAUUUGCAGAUCUAGUGGAAAGCAAGAUAGAUGAUGCAAAGACUCCGUCUGAAGAUAUUGUGGAUCCUAAGCUGGACACAGAAGAAUCUUCUACAACUGAAGAUACUGAAGAGGUUACCAAAUCCCAAAGUCCUGCAGAGGGUGGUGAGGAGGUGUUAGACAGCAGUGUAGAGUCACAGUUGUCAGAAAAACUCUUAAAAGAAGGUGAAACCCCUACAGAUCGAGUUGAAAGUGAGAGGCAAGAACAUUUUGUAGACCCUAAAGUAGACACAGAAGAUUCUUCUGCAGCUUUGGUUACUGAAGGACCUGUGUCUGAAGAUUCUAUUGGAUCUUUGGUAACUGAAGAACCUGCUUCUGAAACAUUUAAAUGUCUAGUGGAAAGCAAGAUAGUUGAUGAAAAGACUCAGUCUGAAGAUCUUGUGGAUCCAAAGCUAGACACAGAAGAAUCUUCUACAACUGCAGAUACUGAAGAGGCUACCAGAUCACAAAGUCUUGUGGAAGGUGGUGAAGCUGAGGAGGUGUUAGACAGCAGUAUAGAAUCACAGUCAUCACAAAUACUGUUGGAAGAAGGUGAAAUUCCUACGGGUCGGGUUGAAAGUGAGCAUCUAGAAAAUUUUGUAGACUCUAAUAUGGACACAGAAGAUUCUGCUACAACACUUGAUACUGAAGACGUUACCGAAUCGCAAAGUCCAAAAGAUAAGGGUGAAGCCAAAGAAGUGUUAAUUAGCAGUUUGGAGUCACAAUCAUCACAAAUACUCUCUGAAGUAAGUCAGCAGUCAAAUUUACUCAAAGACUCAGAGUAUUAUAAGCAACACGAUGAAAGUCCUAUACAUCAGGUUGGGAGUCAGCAUCCAGAAAAAUUUUUAGACUCUAAGAUGGACGCAGAAGAUCCUUCAACAACAUUGGUUACGGAAGAGCCCCUUCCUAAGACAUUUAAAGAACCAUCAGAAAUCAAUGCAAAUGUCGCAAACCCUGAGUCUGAACAAUCCGCAACUAAUCAGGAAGAAAUAGAAAAUUUUUCAUCGAACGUUGAACUUGAAGCAAGUAUAGAAUGCCAGGUGGAGAAAACCGAAUUUGAUACUUCACCUCCAGAGGACCAAGAACACUUGACUUCCAAACAGCUGGGCAAGGAAAGUGUUAAUGAUGACCAUAAUGGAAAACAUGAAGGUACAGAUACAGAGAAUUUAUUAUCUGAACCUACAGAAUUAGUUCCUUCUCCAAGUCAUGAACAUAUUACAGAAAAUGAAGAAUAUAUAACAAUGAAACAUUCUGACUUAGUUACACAAGAUUUUAGCCUGGAGCAGAGAGAAAAUGUAGAUACUGAAGACCAUGAAAGAGACUUCUAUAAGGAAAAAGACAAAGAAUGUGAUGGCAAAUCGACAGAAGGAGCAAAGGAACCUUCAACCGAGCAUCUAGAUGAAUUCAAUGAAGACAAUGUUAUCAGUUCAAAUGUGCCUAAUAAUGAAGAAUGUGAAAUCCAAGGUGGAAUAACACUGGGGACUGACCAAGAUGACGUCCAGGUUGGUGAGACACCAUCAGAAGAAAGUUCAGAAAAUGAUGGCUCAAUAGUUUACGGUGAGAGUUCCCCAAAUGUGUCAACUUUCAGCCCUGCUCUUGAACAGGAAAAUAGUAAAACACAACUUUCUGAGAAAGACGAUAUUGGUGUUGACACUGAAUCCAAGAGUCCAAGGGAACAUGGCCAAAAUGAUCCAUUAUUGACUUCGGAACCAGAAAGUAGUCUCGCGGAACAGACAGAGCCUCAGGCAUCAUCGGAUGACGAAAAAGCCAUAGCAAGUGAUUCUUCAUAUGAUUCCAGCAGAGAACAUGACGAUAUGUCCGAAUAUACAAGGGAAUAUAGCGAGGAUGGUAAAAGAGUGAAUGGAAUAAAUGGGCACACUAUUGUACAGGCCACUCUCGAUUUAGAAGCCCAUUUGUAUAAUGGACAUUCUACCGAACAGGACAGUAAAAUCAUAAUUUCUGAAGCAAAGAUUAUAAGGUCGGAUGGUGAUAUAGUAAAAUCACAGUCCCAGGACAAAAUAGAAGACUCUCUAAUAGAAUUUACAGUAUCGGAAGGAAAAAGUGAGGGCUUUUUCCAAUCUUUGAUUGAAACAUCUGAAGGCUGUUUAGACGAAGCUUCCGAAAUUAAGAAUAACAUACAAACUGCUGUCACAUAUGUGGACUCUGAUAAUAAGAAAGUAAUAAACCCAUAUCUUAGAGAACGGGAUUUAGGUGACCCAUCGGAAAUAACAUCUGAAGAUCUUGUGGACACAAAUCGGGAAGUAAGUGACACAAACCAAGGUUUAAAAAUUAACCAAAAACAAGAAGGUUCAUGGUCAUCGGAUGAGUAAAUGGACUGAUCAUGCCUGAUCAUAAAACAACUGAAACUUUCUAUCGCAGUGGGUAUUGGCCACUUUUAUGCAGGAUGAAGGUCCAACACUUCUAAAUGUGUCCACGUGUCCAUGUCUCAAGUCCACAUUUCCCGUUCCUUCGAACUUGGAGAUCCAGACGUAGGUUCCUACGUACUCGAAACUCGUCUGCCUAUGACUUUUUGAGUACUUGUUUCUUUUUUGACUAUUUAAUAUGUUCUGCAUGGUACAUUGUGUCCAUUAUAUAUGGGCACAUGAUCUGUUUAUCUCUCCGUCAAUGGACUCCAUGUCAUGGUUACAUAGUCCACAUUGUAAGGUCAAAUACUGUAUUACAUAUUUUAAAGUUAAAGGGGUACUCCGCUGCUCAGUGUUACGAGAAGGAACUGUUCCGAACGCUGAAGCCGGGAGCUCGUGAUGUCAU